AUGGUCCGAGUCUGGUUCGCGCGACAAUGGCGCAUGCCGAAACUCUUCACGGCGCUCUUGAUCCUCGAGUUUCUCUUGACGGUCGCGACGCUGACCCUCAUGGGCAUCGCGGAUCCCAACACGUACCGGACGAAGCUGUGGCAGAAUGGAUUCGAUCAGGGCUUCAAUAGCUCGCCGAAUUCGAUCCUGUAUUACUAUGCGAACUGGUUGCCGGCGAAGGUGCCGACUGUGUGGAGUCAAUACAUGACGACCUUUAAUGUGGUCAUUUCCGUCCUCAGCAUGUUCAUCUUGCUCGUCAAGAGUAUCAUGUUUGUCCUCCAUAUCUUCAUCCCCGCCUUGAGCGUGUUCGUACACGCCCUCCUCGUCGCGCUGUACGCUGUCAGCAUAUACAACCAGUCGAGACCGGAUAUGAGUGAUCCCGAUCACCCGUCGCCUGGAUUGCCUUGGUAUUUGAGUAAGGGGUGCAGUUAUGCGGAGCCGGGGAAUCAUGGAUAUUGUUUGCAGGCAAGAGCGAGCUUUGCUGUGGUUAUUGUAAUGACUGCCCUUUUUGCUACAUACCUUGGACAUUCAAUAUGGAGUGCGAUCCCAACUGAACGAGAGAAGGUUGCUCGGGAAGCCGAAUACCAAUCCGACUUGGAGAUGAAGAAGUUGUCCAUGUAUCACGACGACGAAAUGAGCAGGGACGAACGCAGGGAGAUGCACAGGCAAAUGUUCUUGAACCUGCCAAAGACGCCAAACACACCUGGCUUUGGCGUACAUAAUCCCAUGACGCCUAGGACGACUGCUUUCACGCAGCUGAAUGGAGGAGCGAUGCCGACCCCUGUGGGCAUAGGACCAAGCGGGUCAUUACCAUUGAGGGACUUCAAUGGAGCAAAAGACGUUCCUGACGGACGAUGA